AAACUCAAUCUUUUGUUCAAUUUCAAGAAAGACUCUACCCGACGGCGUCUCUUCCUCUCGUUUAAUAUUUGUUUUAGAUUCUUCAAUUGUCCCCCGAUUCUAUUGAAAACCCAUCGCCGAUCUCUGCUGAUCCACCGAUUUUUCUUUCCGAUAUAAAACUUUGCAUCGGAGAGAACUCCGGAGAGGAACGGCGAAGCGAAAUUGGCGGUUAUUGGUCAGGGUAGAAAGGGGGGAAAAAGAAUGUCGGCCGAAAAGAAAGAACAGGAACCUAACCCUGGCCCUAAUGGCAACGAUAACGAUAAUUUGAACUAUGGAAGUGAACAGGAAGAAAGGCGAGAAGAACGAGAACAAGAACAGGCUCCACGUCAGUCGUCGACAAGAACUCCUUUCACUAAUAUCAGUCAGGUUGAUGCUGACAUGGCUCUUGCUCGAACCCUACAAGAACAGGAAAGGGCCUAUAUGAUGCUUAGGAUGAACAAUGAUGGGAGUGAUUACGGGAGUUGGGAGACUGGAAGCUAUUUACAUGACGAAGAUGAUGAUUUUGAGGAUCCCAAUGAUGAUGACAUUAGCGAUGGUGAUGAUGGUGAGGAAGAGGAUGAAGGGGAAGAUGAUCGCACUAAUGCCGACGAUGAUGGGGAUGCAUUUGAUGUGCAUGCUGAGAACAGCGAGGAGGAGGAUGACAAUGCUAGCGCUGAACUCGACCCUGCUGCUUUUUCGAGUGAUGAAGCUUAUGCUAGAGCCCUUCAGGAUGCCGAAGAAAGAGAUAUGGCUACUAGAUUGUUGGCCUUAGCUGCGAUAAAUGAUAGAGGAAUUUUUACCUUAGAGGAUCAUGGAGGUAACUCUCAGGAUACAUGGGAAGUUGAUCCCGAGGGCUUAUCAUUUCAACUCCUUGCACUUGGUGAAGUAAUUGGUACUGAGAACAGAGGGCUUUCGGAUGAUUCACUUGCCACUUUGCCUUCCAUAAAGUACAAGGCAGGAAGCAGUCAGUUUGGGAGCAAUGAUUCGUGUGUCAUAUGCCGUGUAGACUACGAGGAUGACGACUCCUUGACAAUUCUUUCUUGCAAGCAUUCAUAUCAUCCGGAGUGCAUAAAUAACUGGUUGAAAAUAAACAAGGUCUGUCCUGUUUGUAGUGCUGAGGUCUUAAUCUCGGGUCAGAGCUAGUAUUUUCAGAUAAUCCUCAAGCCACACAAGGCAUCAUCUACUUGUCAUAAAACGCAGAGUGUAGGAUUUCUUUAUGGUUAAAAGACUCGUAUCUAUAACAUCUUCCUUCUAGCAUGUAUCCAUUCAUCUAUUACCUUUUGUGUUA